AUAAAUGGAAAAAGAGAAAAUUAAGAGUGGUUGGUGGACAGCCGUUUGCGGAAAACUUUUAAAUACUGAGAAAGAGCGCUACGUACGUAACAGCGCACGUCAUCGUGGAAUAUCGAUUGACUUGCAGCUAACCACCAAUGGAAUUUCGGUUGGGACUGACGACCGUUAUUCUAUGUCGCUCGUUGCGAAUUGUAUUUAUCAAAUGAAUCAGCUGAACAGCACGCGGACGAGAAACGUAUGUUUACUGGAUGCGUUAUCGAGAACUGUCAAAGCGCGUAGGCGCGGUUCAGCAAAAAGUCAUUUCUGUUAUCGUAAGAUACAGCCGAUAAGAAUGCUGGAAAAAGAUGAGGCUUCUGAUUUGAGCGAGGUCAUCUUGCAAGAAUGCACCGAUGCGAAUACUGAGAUGAAAAUUAAAUUAGAUAAAAAACCAAAGAGAGUACUGCAGUUUUCUGAUGGUGUGAUGGAAGAAUAUUCCUCAGAAGAUGAAGUUGAUAUACCAAAGAACAAUAAAACAGUGUUACAAAUAGAUUCUAAAAAUAUGAAGUGGUUACCAUGGGCGUGGCAUCAGACCACAUGGUUGAGUUCAAAAAUGUUGGAUGGUUGUGAUUAUGUUGGUGAAUUUCUAGCCAACUUUUUUGGAAUAACAGCGCCUAAGUAUCAAUUUGAGAUCAAUGAAUUUUAUAGACUGCAAGCACUUCAAAAGGAAAUGCUUCAGAAGCAAGAUUUAGAGAUGGGCGGAUGGAGUGAGCAAAAAAGAAAUAAUCUCAUAAAUGAUAAUAUAUUAUCAGUUGAACGUAACUGACGCAUUUAAUUGAAAUAUGCAUUUUAUUCUAAGUGAUAUUGAAUAAUAUAUUAAUUUAUCGCCUAAAUUUUAUCUAUGCAAUAAAUGUAUUUAGAGCAUAGAAUGCAUUUAAAAGCACUCUUUAUGAUCUGGUGGAAUUAUUAGAUUAAAUAAUUGCAAUGCUAUUGCUCUAAUGCUAUACUCAGGAUUAAUUAGCAAUUGUAAUUAACAGGUUGUUGCUCAAAAAAUUCAAAUUACUAUUUUUCUAUC